AUGUCUUGGUACGUUGCCACUCACGCGAAACCUUACCAUCUCAUACUAAUGAUCACAUUAGCGACUGAACGCUACAAUUUCAAUCGACACAUCUGGGACGUCCAUCCCGACAAGUACGUCCCAGAGCGCCAAGUAACCUUCGCCCUCUACGCUUUGUACAUUGUGGCAGGAGGGAUGAUCAAGAUAUCCAUCCUGCUCUUCUACCGCCGUCUCGACUCACGCUCCAUAACGAAGAGUUUCCGCAUCGCAACAUGGCUAAACAUCGUUGCCAUCGCCAUUUUCUCCAUCGCAUUCGUCAUCGUCCUCUUCACAGCCUGCACACCGUUUACCGCAUUCUGGUAUCAAUUCGACAUCACCAAGCAGCUCACAGGAUACGCAUACCAUUGCUGGAUCGAUGAAGCGGCAGACCUUCUAUCAGCGAGUAUAAUAAGCGCCGUACAAGAUGCCAUCGCCGCGUUCCUUCCCACAAUCCUAUAUUGGAACCUACACAUCCCGCGUCGCCAAAAGAUCGCCCUUGGCGCUAUCUUCGCUCUCGGUUACCUCGUCUGCAUCGUCGCAGGCGUACGCUCCUACUUCGUGUGGCGCACCUUCAACAGCCCCCUAUACGAUUCGACCUGGGAGUCCUGGCCUGCAUGGUUGCUCUGCGUGCUGGAAAUCCAACUCGGCGCCAUCUGCGCGAGUGCGCCUGCCCUCAAAGUCUUCCUGUCGCAUUACUUCAAAGUGGCGACGAGUAUGUACAGUGGAUCUAGCCAAGGCACGACGCAUGCCAGCAUCCAGAAGGGCGGUGGUGGUACCUGGUGGAAGUCGGCAAGUUCAGGGACGUCGGGGUCAAGAGGAACCAUGGCUUCGAGGGUGGAUAGAGAUGGGUAUAUUCGGGAGCCGGGAAAUGCGCAUAUGGUCGAUGAAGAGGGGGGCAUUGUGCUACAGGAUACUAAGAGGUCUGAUGGACGGACGGAGAGCAUCGAGACUUUCAUCUACUUCUGA